AUGGCCAUGGACAGUAAUAACCUUUAUCAAGUCUAUGUGAAAUGGAUUGAAUACAUCAGUACUGCUGAAAUUAGACUCCGAUGGAACGAGACAGGUUCCAUGAAUGCAGUCCAGCCACAGUAUUUUGUAUACCCUCAUGAAGUUAGCGCAGGAAAUAUCAAUGUCAAAUGACAAUCAGGAUAUGGAAUACAAGCAUCUGACCCUAACUCUUGCACAGAGAUUUGUGGAGAUGGAAUCGUUACUCCUAGUGAAGCUUGUGAUGAUGCUAAUACUUCUGACAAUGAUGGCUGCUCUGCAAACUGACAAGCAAUUGAGUAUAACCAUAUAUGUGUUUACAACUCAGGUAUUCCUAAGCAUGAAUGCCAAUCUUGUGGGAUAUUUGGGUAUCAAAAUGAUGCAAAAGAUUCUUGAAUUCCAUGCAGUAGAGGCUUCAGACAUGUUCCUUCUAAUCCGAACGCCUGAACAGAAUACUGUGGUGAUGGGAUCCAGACAUCUGGUGAAGUAUGAGAUGAUGGAAAUGCCAUUAAUGGAGAUGGAUGCUCUGGUGAUUGUAAAGCUAUUGAAUACAAUCAUAUUUGCGUGUAUGACUCAUCUGCAGCUAAAGAUCAAUGCACAUCAUGAGGAAUAUUUGCAUAUCCAAAUACAGAAAAAGACAAUUGCAUAUCCUGCAGUUCAGGAUUUAGACACCUUCCUUCAAGACCUGACACUUGCACUGAAUAUUGAAGUGAUGGGAUCCAAACAUCAAACGAAAUGUGAGACGAUGGGAAUACAAUAGAUGGAGAUGGAUGCUCCUCUGACUGAAAGACCAUCGAGACUAACCAUAUCUGCGUCUACGACUCUAUAUUAUCCAAAGAUGUAUGCUCUGCUUGCUUACAAACUGAGGUUCCUAAUUCUGAUAAAAAUGAAUGUGUCUUCUGUAAAACUGGAUACAAAUAUAAGGAAGGCACUCAGAACAAAUGAGUUAAUAUCUGAGGAGAUGGCCUCAUUGUGACUGGAGAAUCAUGAGAUGAUGCAAAUACUCUUUCAAGUGAUGGGUGAAACAACCAAUGUCAAAUUGAGGAAUAUUAUAACUGAACAGGAGAACCUUCUGUUUGUGAAAUACAAGAGGUAGAGCCAUCACCAACUGUUGAACAAGUUGGAUCAGCUGUUUCAUCAGCAAUUGGUGCAGGAAUGGGAGCUCAAAUGGCUGUUUCACUAGUGUUUGGACAAGGACUUUCAUCAAUGUGGAUGCUAAUCAAUAUUUAUCAAAUAAUCCAAUUUACUGGAAUGAUGACACUAAAUUUCCCAAAAAUUAUGGUCACAUUCUACAGUUACCUUGGCAUUGCCAACUUUGAGAUCAGCUAUUUCUCGGAGAUAUUCCUAAUGCAUAUCGAUGAAUCUAAAGUAGAGGGGAGAAAACCAUUUGACUACAGGUAUGAGAACCAAAGCAUAGAAUCUACAAAUUUAUUUUUAAACUGAUCUGAUGUCCUCUUUUCUUUGCUUCUGUUUUUGAUAUUCAAUGCAAUAAUUUUUAUGAUCACAUGCGUAUGUUGAACUUCCAAAUGCGACAGAAAACUCAAAAAGGAAAAUGAUUGAUGAAGCAGAGUUCUCUCUCACUUCGGAUCAAGAUUCAGCCAAAUCAAGAAUGAAUUUUUCUUUAGCUCUAUAUUCAGAAUUGUUUUUGAAGUGUACCUUGAGGUCACAUUUGGGAGCAUUUAUAAUCUGUAUGAUCAGAAAUUUGAGAAUUAUGUAGACUAUUAUUCUCACGUAGUUUCGAUAAUAUUCCUUCUAUUGUUUCUGAUAAUCACAAUCAGUAUUCCUAUGAUAUUUUGAUGCAUACCUGAAAAACAUCACAUUGAGAAAGGAAGGUUCAAAAUUCUUCUCGAAGAUUUUAAAGCAGGAAAGAGAUCUUUAGUUAUGGACCAUUUUCUAUUGCUCAUAAGGAGAUUAGCAUUAUCAAGCUUGCUGAUCUUUAGAUGGAACCAUGGAAUACAGCAGGUUAUCACUUUCCUCCUUAUCUGCAUUGGAAUAUUUACUUGGAAAGUGAUAGUAAGACCUUUUGCUAGUAAUAUUUUGAACUUCCAAGAUUUGUUAUUUGAGCAAUUUCUUCUGAUGAUUCUGAUUAUAUACCUAGCAUUUAUAAAACCAACAAGUGAGUUAAGAACAAGAGGAUUCUUUCAUAUGUGAGGAGUUGUAUGAAUCAUCCUUAUUCUUUGAAUGGUGUUGGUCAAUUUUAUCGUAUCGAUCAUCCUCACCUGAAAGAGAUUUUGAUCCAAAAAGUCUAAAACUAUCAAAAUUAAAGUUAAACCAAGAUCCAAGCCACAGAAAGAGCCUAAAUGAAAACUAUCCAAUAAUAAUCUUGAAAGAUCUAAAAUAAGAAAUGAUUCCAGAGUUUCAAAUACAAAGUUAGUCAGAACUCCUAACUCAAGAUCUAUCAGAUCCUCUGCUGUCUCUAAGCUAAAGAAGACAUCGAAUAGAUACAUUAUGAAUGAAGGACCAAGUAUGUUCUACCCAUAUUCUCGCAGAAGAAGCAACAGAAAUUCUGACAACAAGAUAACCAACCCCACCCUGCUCACAUUCAACUAA